AUGGCAUCAAUUGCUACUGUGCUGGAAAAUAACUCCAGCAUCACUCAUCGAUAUGGAUCAGACCUGGUCGCUGUUUUUGUCGGCGGAACCAGCGGAAUAGGAGAAUCGACAGCUUGCGCAUUCAUCCGCAACACAAAUGCCUCUCGUGCUUACCUCGUCGGGCGAGAUCAGGCAAGAGCAACGCAGAUAAUCGAAGAAAUGCGCCAGAUAAAUCCGGACUCACAAAUCGAUUUUAUCAAGUCUGACGUCUCUCUAUUCCGCGAAGUAGAUAACGCGUGCAAAGCCAUCCAACAGAAGGAGGAUAAAGUGAAUAUCCUAUUCCUGAGCCCAGGGGUAGGAACGACGAAGGGCCGUGAUGAAACCGACGAAGGGCUCGACAGAAAACUCAACCUCCACUAUUAUUCCCGGAUGCGAUUCGUGACCAAUCUCCUCCCGCAGCUUAUCAAGGCCGGUGACAUGAGCAACAAACCCGGAAACUCCAAACCGUGUCUAUCGCGCGUAGUCUCGCAUUUGGCUGCUGCGUACCCGCAGAUCUCGUUCAUUCAUUCCUUUCCCGGGGUGGUGAGGACGCGUCUUGGGCGGGACUUUGGGGCCGUUACCAAAUAUGCUCUUGAUGCUUUGAUGGUUCUUGCCAGGCCUUGGGAAAUUCCAUUGGAUGAAAGUGGAGAGAGACAUUUGUUUGCGGCAACGAGUCUACGGUUCCCGCCUCGGUUGUAUAAAGAUGGUGUGCUUGAUGCUGCGGAAGGUUCUGAUGGUUGUAUGGGUAGUGGGUUUUAUCGACUAGGUUCCACUGGGUCGACAUAUAGAUCCAGCAAGAUCAUGGGACAGUAUCGUGUGGAGGGGGUAAGAGGUUCGAUCUGGAAGCAUACGCUGGAUGUGUUUGCUAUGGUCCGUGGUGCACAGGUCGAGCUAUGA